AUGGCACAACAUAUCACCCCUCCCCGGUCGACACGAGUUCUUUUGCCCCUGCUCCUGACAGCCUUCCUCUUCUUCCUAGGCGAAAACAUCCAGUCGGGCCCGCGCACCCAAAUCUACGAGUCCAUUCUUUGCGAUCAGAUUCUCCCAGAUAACGCGACCAUACCGCUAUCGAGCGCCAGGUGCAAAGACAAAGCGGUCCAAGAAGAAUUGGCCUUCCUCAAGGGUACAGAGAGAGUAUUGGGGGCGCUACCAACCAUCCUAGUGAUCCCAUGGAGUAUCUUCGCCGAGCGAUACGGCCGCUGUCUCUCCCUCCGACUAGCAUUGUUCGGCGUCCUCUGUGAAGAAUUAUGGAGCUGUCUGAUAUGCUGGUUUUCGAACACAUUUCCAAUCCGCCUCAUUCUCCUGGCCCCUGUAUUCGAAAUUAUUGGAGGUGGUCCCGGCAUUAUUAUCACCAUGAUCCAUCUACUGGCUGCUGAAGCCGCUACGGAGGAGAAACGAACCACAACCUUUUUCUUCAUUCGUGCCAUGGCGAUUGCAGCAGCCGUGUUGGCCCUGUUCGGCAGCUCGCUCCUCAUGAGCCAUCAUGUCUGGGUGCCGUGGCUCUUGGGGUUGUUCUGCCUUCUCCUUGCCAUCUUGACCACCCCGUCAGAGCUACAUCCAGCCACUACUCGGAGUUCGCCGGAUGAGGCCACCGCGUUGAACCCUGGACAGUAUCGUGAUGACGAUACGAUCACUGUGUCUCAGGAGAGUGACUCCUCUAUCAAGGAACACGCCAGUCUGAGAUCUCGUCUCAUCCAAAUAACGCAACAACUUCACAAAGGGGCCAGGGUGGUAUAUGGCAACACCUCGCUUAUCAUCUUACUAGGGAUGUCCUUCUUGGGCCAGCUCGGGGAAGACUCGCUUCCCAUGGCUCUGCUGCUCUACAUCUCGAAAAGAUACAACUGGGAAUUCGCUCGAGCCAAUCUCUUGUGGUCGGUAGGAGAAGCAGUUAGAUUCAUGUGUCUCAUCGUAUUGCUUCCGCGAAUCAGUCGGAUGCUUCUCUCGCGUGCCGGUUCAAAUACCUAUAAGACGGAUUUUGCAAUCGCCCUUGCCAGUGCAACGAUGCUUAGCCUGGGGACUUUGUUGCUCGGACUGGGUGUUUCCCUGCCAAUUUCCACUAUAGGUAUGUUUAAUCUCUCCGGCUCUAUUAUAGAGUCAUCUGGUAAUCUGGCAUAUGCAGGGGUCAUUCUGAUAUCCGCCACGGGAGGACUUAACUCGGCCCUGCGGUCGCUUGUGACCUUGACGAUCUCCCCCGAGGAUAUCAGUGUGGUUUAUUCGAUCUUCACGAUCCUUCACGUUCUGAGCACCUCCUUGGCAGGGCCUAUCUAUUCUGGUGCCUUCGCUUUGGGACUGCAGCUUGGCGUUGAGUACACUGGGCUCCCGUUCAUUGUGGCUGCUGCUUUGGUUGGAUUGUCGCUGCCAAUGUUCUUUUUGGUUCGACCGCGUCGUGAUUACGAGUUGAUCGAAGGGUGA